UUGGACCCGCCUCUUCCGGUAGACAUAAGCUUUCGGAUUCAGAUGUAACAAUAUUACAGUGGGGUGUUUUUAAUGAAAUAAAUUCCACCUGUAACCUCGUAAACGAUGGGUAUAGCAGAUGAAGCGGACCGAACACUGUUUGUAGGCAGCUUGGACUCUCAAGUCACGGAAGAGCUUCUGUUUGAGCUGUUUUUGCAGGCUGGGCCUGUGAUCAAAGUAAAAAUCCCGAAGGACAAUGACGGCAAUUCGAAACAGUUUGCUUUUGUGAACUUUAAACAUGAAGUCUCCGUCCCCUACAGCAUGCAGCUGCUUACCGGCAUCCGGCUUUAUGGAAGGCAGCUUAACCUACAGUACAGAGCAGGCAGCAGUCACAUCAAUCAAGAGGGAAAAAGCCCGGCAAACUCUCAGAACCCUAGUCCAGCAAACACACCCACUCACCGUGGUGCGAGGUAUGACAGGACUCCAGAUCAGAUGAGUUCUCCAUCAUAUUCUCCUCCUCAGAGCAUGCAGAGGUCUUUCUCUUCACCAGAUAGUCUUCAGAAGCAGGCGGUGAUGAACAACAUGUGGCAGGUGCAGAUGCACCAGAUGCAGCAGUUGUCCAGUUCAUUUCAGCUCGGCAUGCAGCAGCAACCGUUCCGAGGUGGCUACAGUAACCCUUGGCAAAAAGACAGCCCCACCCAGUGGAGCCAGCGAUCCACACACCAGCAAGACGACAGUGGCCACUACGGGCGCGAACAGUGGCACGGAAGCAGCAAGCGGCAUCGGAGAGAUGACUUUUACCAGCACGACGACCGUGGAGGAGGCCGAAAUAGAGAUUAUCCACCCGAAAGACGCAGAGAGUCGAGAGACGGACGCUGGAGGCAAUACUGACGAUCCUGAUACUCAUACUGAUCCAGGAGAUUUUGUGUUACCAGCAGUUUUUUUUUUUUUUUGGUUUUAUAUGUUUUUUUAAAAAAUCUAAUUUUUAACCAGAUAUUUUUCUUUUGUAAAAUAUUGUAAUUUGAUAAGCAUUUUAACUGGAAUGUAUGAGAAAAUGAGUAAUAAUUGCAUGUGUUUCUUGUAAAACAGAUUUUUUUUUAAAUGAAGUUGGGCACGGUGGCUUUGUGGUUAGCACUGUGGCCUCGCACCUCCAGGGUCGGGGGGUUUGAUUCACUCCUCGGAUCUGUGCGUGUUGUACCUGUGCGUGGUGGGUUUCCAGAUACUCAGGUUUCCUACCACGUCGUGUCCAGUGUCUCAUGGGAUAAGCUCACUGUACGUAUAAGCAGUACAGAAGAUGAAUAAAUAAAAUAGGGUUUCAGUCUCAGGGUGCAGCUCCCACUAGAUCUGAUUUUUGUGAUUAUUUUAAUACAGAAAAAAAAAAUCAAUGUUUGUAUACAUUAUUUUGUUAAUAUCGAUCAGACCGGUUUUUAUUCAAGCAUUCUGGUCACACACUUCUGGCGAUGUCAACUUUUGUGUGCUGAAUACUAUAUUCCAUGAUGUACUUUAACCAGCAGGGGAUGUACCUUCGAGCAGCUGUAUGAGGGGGAGAAAAAACAGUCCGAUUUCUCAGGAGUUUUUUUUUUUUUUCUUUUGGUGAUUAAAAUGUCAAAAUCUCUGGUGCUUUUUAGACUUUUUUGAAAAGGUUUCUGUUAAACAAAAACAUUUAGACAUGUAUAUAGACUGUAUAUUGUGUGCUGUAACUUUCUCUACCGUAAAUACAGCUUAAUUUUUAUGGUAUGAACAA